CCGACGUGCUCUCCGCCCGCGGUCGCCGGGAAAUCAAGAUGGCGGCCCCCAGGAGCUGCGGUCUCUGGCGCUACUGCUGCCGCGGGUGGUUGCGGGCGGCGGGCGGCUGCAGGCUGCCCGGGUUUCAUCGAUCCUGGCCCGGAGCCACGCUGAGUGCGCGGUCCUUGUCCCAGGAGAAGCGGGCCGCGGAGACGCACUUCGGGUUCGAGACUGUGUCGGAGGAGGAGAAAGGCGGCCGAGUCUACCAGGUGUUUGAGAGUGUAGCCAAGAAGUAUGAUGUGAUGAAUGACAUGAUGAGUCUCGGCAUCCAUCGUGCUUGGAAAGAUUUGCUGAUCAAGAAAAUGCACCCAUUGCCUGGGACCCAACUGCUUGAUGUGGCUGGAGGCACAGGCGACAUUGCAUUCCGGUUCCUUCGGUGUGUUCAGGCUCAGCAUCAGAGGAAACGGAAGAGGCAGUUAAGGGCUCAGCAAAAUUUAUCCUGGGAAGAAAUUGCCAAAAAGUACCAGAAUGAAGAGGAUCCCUUGGGUGGUUCGCUUGUCACAGUCUGUGACAUCAACAGGGAGAUGCUAAAGGUUGGACAGCAGAAAGCCCUGGACCAAGGACACACGGCGGGACUUGCAUGGGUAUUGGGAGAUGCUGAAGAACUGCCCUUUGAUGAUGACAAAUUUGAUGUGUACACCAUUGCUUUUGGGAUCCGGAAUGUCACACACAUUGACCGGGCACUCCAAGAAGCCCAUCGCGUCCUAAAGCCAGGAGGCCGGUUUCUCUGUCUGGAGUUUAGCCAAGUGAAUGAUCCUCUCGUAUCCAGGCUUUAUGAUCUGUACAGUUUCCAGGUCAUCCCUGUCAUUGGUGAGGUCAUUGCAGGAGACUGGAAGUCCUAUCAAUACCUUGUGGAAAGUAUUCGGAAGUUCCCAAAUCAGGAAGAGUUCAAGGAGAUGAUUGAAGCUGCAGGCUUUCAGAAGGUGACCUACGAAAGCCUGACCACAGGGAUCGUGGCCAUUCAUUCUGGCUUUAAACUUUAGCUCCUUUUCUGUGUGCAGCACGAAGUCAUUUCUGCUGAGCCUGGAACUGGAAGAUGGUCUCCCCGAUGAGCCUGGCUGAGCAUCUGUUUCCUCUUAUGGCUGUCAAACCUUGGAUUCAUGAUCUGCAUUGAUCUCUGAGUUCGAGGCCAGCCUGGUCUACAAAGUGAGUUCCAGGACAGCCAGGGCUACACAGAGAAACCCUGUCUUGAAAAACCAACCAAAGCAAGGCAACAACACAAUCGUCGGGUAUCUGAAAGGGCUGCAGAUGUUGCUUUUUGGCCCAGCACACUAGGGGUCAUUCAUAGAUUUCACAAGACCUCGGCUGUCACUGAACAGCUUUCAGACAGCCAACUACAGAUGUUUCAGAACAGCAGUAAAGAGCAUCCGAGAAAACGCUAAACCUUAAAAACUGCAUUUUGUUUUUCAGCCAGCUGGAUCCUACUGGCUUUUAAAUUAACAGGCAGGAGCAGGCACUAAGAGAUACUCCAUAAACCAUCCAACCAAUUUCAUUUCUAUAGCAACAUGUUUUCUCACAUCUGAACCUGAAAAUGAAAGUUGAAAGCCACCAGCCUCUUGACAGAAAACCGGGCCAGAUCAAAUUAGACCAGAACCCUCAAUGUCCAGCCAUGUUGUCUUGCAUCAGCUCUAGGGACUGUUGCUGGAAACUGUCAUCUGGUUGGAUAAACUACGGCUUUGAUGGCCAAAUUCCUGGUGGGUUUCAAAUAAAAAUACAGCCAGGUCAUAAAGAGGGAAAGGGACUCAAUGUUUAUGGAAACAUUUCUACCUGUUCAAACAGAUACAAAUCUCAAUUACCCUAACUGUAGUCUCUCUCCAAAAUAUGCCCUUUUCUGCAGAUAGUAGGGAACACAUACCAAAUGUCACAAACACUAAAACAACCAGGAGGGAUGUCGCACAUCUGCAGCUCCAGGAUUUGGCAGGUGAACAAGGAAGAUUAGUUGGAGGUUAUCAUCAGCUAUAUAGCGAAUUUGAGGCUGGCCUGGGCUUCAUAAGACAGUUACAAAAACCAACAGGCCUGCAAGAUGGAUUAUGGAAUAGACUUGCUGUCAAGUCUGAGUCUCAGAACCCACGUGGUAGAAAACCUGCUGCCAGUUGUCCUCUAUCCUGUACAUGCAUACUCACAUGAACAAUAAAGCAGUUUCACACUC